AUGUCUCAGAAUAUACACCCAGGGAUUGUCAUCUUCAUGCGAUCGACCCCGCAGCAAUUAAAGGCUACACAAAACUUGACAGCCUGCCAUAUUUCAACGGCCAGCACUUCGACAAGUCGCUCCUCCGCAACAACUACCGCUACCAUUAUUACAAUCGACCUAAUUCCUCCUAAUAUGUCUUCCAACGUACCUAUGGGUUACAACUCUAAUACCUCUAAUACCUCUACAUCCUCAUCGCCUCCCGUGCUAAGACCUAAAAGAUCGAGCCUGAAGCCCAGUCUCAAAUCUUCAGAAUCAGUACCUACUCUCAACAGACGAUCAUCACCAGCUACAGUGCGCUUUGCGGAGCCAGAGCCGCUACCAAAGUCACAUACAUGGCCCAGAGCGAGGCCGAGGACUCUACAGCUACCGGAACCUUUGAUCAACAGAAUACCAAGUUCUCCAAUGAAGGCCCAACAUGAAGAUGGCCCUUCUUUCGCGAGUCCAGCUGCAAGCUUGACGAAGCAAGCCGAAAACCUUACACCAUCCGCAGUACAGCGUCCAGUUUCGCUCCCCACUCCCCCAACUGGGACAUUUCGACCAUUGAGGAAAUGCAUGAGCAGACAGACGAUGGUCCCGGCAUCUCCCCAAGAGCCCGAUCCAAGAUGGGCGGGCAUUCCACUGCCGGCUCACUACACGCCACCAACCCAGUCCCUAAAGUCUCGGGCGUCGUUCCAGUCCACGAUAUCCACAUUUUCCCAGCUCUCCAUUCAGUCAGCCCCAGCAGUUCUAGAGACACCGGCAGCUCCACAGGGCCAAUACAACCCUCUCGAGCACUACAUACCCUGUCUCCACCUCUCGUGCAAAUCGCACUACUCACCCGCACACCUUGGACCGCACUACUACCUCCCCCAAGGCCCCUACGCUCUCUCCCGCCUCCACGGCUACUGCCCGCGCCACGCCUCCCAAGAGCUGCGAGAAGCAACCCUCCAAUGCAAGCGCUCGUACGAGCUCCUCCGCCAGAACGCCGGCCGCAAAACCCUCAACGCCGUGGCCGCGGAAUUCGAAGACGCAAAAGCCGUCUUCCGAGACGCGCGCACGGUCAAAGACGCCAGACUUGUCCGCAUCCAAAAGAGGCGCGUGCUCGGCGCUCCGGUGCUGCUUGCGGAAAAGACAAACGACGCAAGGGAGGAGGCGUGGGAUUGGCGGUACACGAAUCGCCCUUGCACUACGUCUUCUUGUAAUGAGUACUACACGCCUUACUCUAACCACCUUUACGCUUUCUACCGCACACCGCUUGCACAGACGUCGUCGCUGUUUCCCCAACAGAUCUUUUGCCCGACGUGUGCGCAGGCAGAGGCGGAAGGCUUCGAGCAGAAGGUUAAGGAGAAGUGGGGAAGUAGGUGUGGGUGGGAUGAGCGCGAGUGGGCGGAGUGGUAUGGGAAUGCGAGGAGCGAUAGGGAUAUGGAAUUGGGGUUUUGGUUGAAGGCACAGGAGAGGGUGGUUAGGGAGAAGGGACCCGCGAGGUGGGUUAGUAGGUUAGAGGAUGAUUAUGGGGUUGCUGUUGAUGCAGUGGCGGAGGCGCAUAAUAGGUCGAGGAAGGGGGGUAUCUUUUCCAGGCUGUUUGCUAGUAUGGUGGUUUGA